UAGAUUUACAAAAUUGUGAACAUCAUACUGCCAAAGUGUGAAUAAUAUGUAUAAUAAUAAUGUUACACAAGGUGAUUCGUUUGCAUCAAGUGAAUCCUAAAAUUUUUCUUCCAAUGAUUUUGCAUCUGAUGAAUAUUAUCCAAAUAAUGUCUAAAUGCAGGGCUCAAUAACAUUUUUAACAUAUGGGCAGGGCUACGGCAUAAGAACAUGCAAAGGACUGUGAAAGUGUCUAUUUUGAAAGAAACCAAGAAGAUUUAAACACUUCAGCAAAGUUUAUCCAGCUACAUCCACUGACGGCUGAAAAGAUGAAGCAGUUGUGUCUUUAUAUCUUGUCCUUCUCAGGACUCUUGUCUGUAGCUCUCUGUAAACAUCGUGAGUUUAUUCUGAUCAAACAGUUAAAGACAUGGACAGACGCACAAACUUACUGCAAAAUCAAUCACUUGGACCUGGCCACCAUUCAAACCGCUGAAGAUCAGACAAAUGUACAUGAAGUAGCACUUAACAAUACGUUCACAUCAGUCGCAUGGAUUGGACUGUACAAUGACAUCAAGAGCUGGAGAUGGUCUUAUCAGGAUGAGAGCCUUAAUUUCACAAAAUGGUAUCUUGGAGAACCAGACAACUAUGGUGAAGGAGAGGAGUGUGUUACAUUAGCCGAUGGCGGAUAUUGGCAUGAUAGAUACUGUAUUAACAAAUUGCAUUUUCUUUGUUUUGAUGUACAGAACAGCACGGUGGAAUAUCACUUAAUUAAUCAGCUAAAAGUGUGGAGCGAUGCUCAACAAUACUGCAGAGAUCAAUAUAUAGACCUGGUCACCAUUAGAAAUCAAACAGAAAAUACACUGUUAACAAAUCUGAGGUAUGGGUAUGGAGAGGUUUGGAUCGGAUUAUUCAGGGAUUCAUGGAAGUGGUCGGAUCAGUCCAAUCUUUCUUCAUCAAACCAACUGGCUGCUCAGUCUCUGAAUGGAGCAAAUGAAAACUGUUCUACUACAAAUUAUUAUGGAAUUUUUGAAGAUUGGGUUUGCUCUACACCUUUUUACUUCUAUUGCAAUACUGUGAAGCUAAGGAGGCAGAUUGUGAAGGUGCAGCUGAACUCCACUGUGGACAAUAUGAGUGAUGUUCAACUGAAGACACUUGUGUUACAGAAGUUACAAGAGACUCUAUCUGAUCUGAUGGUAGACGGUGAGGUUACACUGACGUGGAGGAAGCAGCUGAAUGGAAAAGUCUUUCAGAAGAGAAAGGGUUCACUUUAAAAUGCUGAUAUCAGAUCUGUCUAAUUUUGUGUCUGGAAACACACUUCUGAAUAAUUAUAUCUGAAUAUUCAUUCAUUUCAUUGUAUGUAAAGUUCAGAGACAAACUCAUAAAAAAUAUCACUUAAAAUAUUUAGUUUGAAAAUAAACAUCUAGAUGUAAUCUUAAGAAAACUUGCAGUACAGAUCAUUGUCUACUUUUAUGUUAAAGGUUUCUCCUAUCAAUGUUUGAUGCACAAAAAGUCUGCAAAUAUUGUGAUUGGUUCAAAUUAAACUGUAGUUUCUGUCUCGGGACAGAUGAUGCAUCUGUUGCUUGCCUGAUCGGGCCAGUGCAUGCAUCGUCACAAAAGUUUAUUUUUAGCCUUGCUAAUUUAAAUAUUCAAGCACAAAAGGCAAGAUUUUUUUAAUGCGUUAAGACUGAUUUGUAAUUACACAUGCAAACCCCAAGUAGCAGUGCAACAGCUGAAGAAGCAGCAGCAAGUCCAGUAAACCCACAAAUGAAAAAGAAAAAGCAGUAGUUUGUUAUUUGAGAAGAUCAGCUGUGAUGGAGUAGCCUGGUUAGCCAGACCUACAUCAAGAUGUAAGGUCUGGCAACUCUUCACACAAACGGCUCAAUGCAAGGGGCGGGAUAUAAGGUUGUCCCUCAAAAUGUUUCUGCACGCCAUAGGAUAGCGCUAUGACCAAUCAGAGCAAACAACAAUCACAAGCGGAUUGUGGCUGAGUUCCAUGCGUUUCCCCACCAGUGGAGCUAAUUGUUAUAUCAAACUUUUACCGUAACCAGUCGGCAAAACUCCAAACACAUCUUUCUUGCUUAAAAAGGACUUCAGUAGGGUUAUUUGCUCUUCACUCAAAGAAAAACAUAAGUCUAAGUCCUCCAGAGUCGCGGCCAAAGCCGCUUCAAAAGAAAGCUGUUCGCCAGCAGCAGCAGCCAUUCUUUGUUUUCAAGUAGGAACCGUCGCAUGCAGCUCUGUCGUCAUCAUGUUAAGCCCGCCCCACAGACGAUGUGAUUGGCCUGACCAAAUUUUGGUUUUUGGAGCUGUUAAGUGUAUUGUGAGUGCCUAGACUAAACCCUGGCAGCAAAUAUAUUUUGCGGCCGCUAGGGUGCGUCUAGAUUUCUAGGCUAGUGAUGGAGGUAAAUGGACAGUAACUAUUGUUGCAGCUUGAGUUAAAGGUCCGGUUCUUUCUGUGUUUUUGAAGCUUUGAUUGUGUUUACGGUGCGCAAUAUAACAUGUGUUCAUGUUUCACGUGUAAAAAACGCGGUAUUUUUCCAAAAAUUUACUUAUCUGUAUAGCGCGCUGUUUUCACUGUCCUCAAAACGGUCUGAUGUCUUCCUUGUUCUAUGAAGUCCCUCCUUCAGGGAUUUGUUUUGUGAUUCAUAGCUUGCCGUUAGCUUAGGUGGCGACUGACCUAUUCCUGUGGGCGGAGCUUAGCCAGAAACUGUUCUACUGACGUCAUUAACUCUUUCACCGCCAGCAUUUUUUUAAAGUUGCCAGCCAGCGCCAGCGUUUUUCAUGAUUUUCAAAAACACCACAUUUUGAGCAAAGAGCAGAGAUAAUUCCAUUUUUGUGACGGACUUUUCAUAGAGAUCCCAUUCAGAGCGAUCUUUAAAACAGACACGGACAUGCAGCAGCCUGCCAGAGGGCAAUACUUCCGUUUAAAAAGUUGCGGAAGGGCGCCACCUAGUGGAUAAUCGCGGUAUUGCGGAAAGACGGAAAUACUCGUCAUUGGCGGGGAAGCGUUUUCUCUUGAUUGACGAGAUAUCUCGUCAAUGGCGGAGAAAGAGUUAAAGCAGGAAGUAGAGGGGUGUAGUCCAAACCGGCCGUUCGCUGUAGGCUUUAAAAGGCGAAUUCUGUUAAAGAAAAUAUAUCGCCUGGCAGUGAACUUUGAGCUUUAGGUAUUAUUCAUGCUAUUAUAGCAACAUUACACACUAACUAGGGUUUAAAAAAUGUGAACUUGAAAUAUCACAUCGUAAGCGGAAAUCCAUAUCAUGAAAUGCACCACUGAUUUUUUUAUCUGAUAAGGGGGUUCUAGCAAACCAAUUACAGCACUUGCAGUCCGCUUGCAGACACGCUGUCAUAUUUUUUGUUAAGAUGCACACCAGGCCAGGCUACACAGAGCUACACAAUGGCCAUGUCCCAUAUAGCACACUCUUGACUUGUGGACUUCCCCAAAGUACACACUUUAAUGACAUCAUGUAGUGCGGACCCUUGACACGAGUCCACACUCGAGAAUCACGCCAGAAAUAGGAAGAGAAGUGGAGGAAACUCCCUCCUUCCAUCAUCUGAUUGCUCUUUCGCGAGGACUUCUGAGUUGGUAAAGUGUGUGGAGCCUGAAGCAGUGCGCGCUUCGCCGAAGCAAAGAGGGCGCUGAUGAGCACACUUCGCAGUGUAAAAAUGACAGAUGGGACACCCUACAGACUUGUAGACUAAGCGAACAUGUGCAAUUUAAGGAAACAAGACCUAAAGUCCACGUGUGCGCCAGGCUUGUGCACAAUUCAGAAUUUCAGAAUUGACCUCCAUUCAAUUCAUGAAUUGGAAUUUGAAUUGAAUUGACUCCGCCCUAAAUGAAGUUGAAUUUGAAUGACAGGAAGUGGAAUAAAAUUCAUGGUAAUUCAAAGAAAUUCCACACAGUCACACAACAGAAAGAAUCUUACAUACAUUCAGUGUUAGGAAAGUUACUUUGGAAAAUUGUUUGGCAACCAUUUUAAACACCUGGUUAAAGUAAAGCAUUUUGGGAAAUUAAGUCAUAUUCCAUCGUGUUCCACAAAAUUACAAUUACAAAAAAAUCUAACUUAAUUAUUUGUUAUGUGACUAGAGUUUUUAACAUUAAUUGCUGGGGGAAAACAUUUCCUGUUAAUUUUAUCUGUACAAGUAGUUCAAACUAAUAUAAUUUAUAGAAUAUGUAAUGCAAUCAUAUCUGACAUAUACUGAAAGCUUCAUUUUUAACACUUCAAUUUCUGUAUAAUAUGUGUACGAAUUUCUGUGAAUUUCUAUUGAAUUGCAAUUCUGCUUCCUUUAAUUCAAAUUCGAAUUGUAAUUCUAGAUCCUGUUUUUGACAUCAAUUCAAAUUCAAUUCAAAUUCAAGAAUUUAAUUGGAAUUAAGGAGUCGUUCUGAAUUGUGCACAAGCCUGGUGUGCGCCAUUUGGGACAGGACCAUAUAGCCUACGUACAGCCUAUAGUAAAGGUCCUACACAGAGCCAUAAAUUACACUUUAGCGUUGAGCCCUGAAUGAAGUAAUAGUAUAUCAUCACUCUCUGAAAUGUAAAUAAUUGAAUAAUGGCCACUGAUUGAGCGACUCUUUAAAGCAGGGCUAUUCAAAUCUUACCCUGGAGGGCCGGAGCACUGCAGAGUUUAGCUCCAACCUCCAGGGUAAGAUUUGAAUAGCCCUGCUUUAAAGUAUGAAUUUGAUCUUUGUUAAAUAAAAGUAAGGACUUGUACUACAUCAACAGACACCAACACCUCCUCAUAAGAAACAUGAUUUGAAAAUGACAGAAACAUAUUUCCAGAAUUACUCCAGAAAAUAUAAAUGAAAUAAAACUAAGAAACUCUUACUAAUUCCAUCUAAAUAUAAAGUGACAGACCAAACUCAGAUUAGAUCAGAUUAAUAGAUGAGGUUUUACCUUGACAUCAGUUGAUUUCUGUUCGCCAAGAUUAUCUUUAGUUUAUAUAUUCCAGAUGUGUGCUUCAUUGAAUCAAACUGUGAAUCAAAAAAGAUCUAAUUUAUUAAGCAAAAAAAAUGCAGGUAAUAAUCAAUGAAAAACAUGAAACCAUCCUGCUGUAUAUAAUAGAUUUUAAAAAUACAGAAGAGUUAGAUUUACUGUGUACAGUGCACCAAACUUAUUUCAUAUAAUUAAUCUCUGUCCUCCCUCAUCUCCAUGUAAUCUGGUCUUUCCAAGUCAUUUUAAUCCUUUAAAUGCUAUAAUUCAUCUACUGCUCAUCAGCUUUAUAAUGCCGUGCACUGGUAUUGUGGGGUAAAUGGGUAUUGUUACCUGUGAUAAUGAGGUAUAUGUCAAUAUUUGUUAACAGUAGAAGGUAAAAUCUAGAUCCAUACAGAAUAUAUUUUUUCUUUACAAUUUGAUGAGCUUCUAAGGUUAUUAAGGAUUUAGAUAAGAUGGUUUAUAAUUAUUAGGAAAAGAGGCUGUAUUAUAUAAAAGAAGAGGUCAUUUAAAACAUGAUGAGGUGGGUGGGGGUUAAAGUCUUAGAUUAUAGUACAUUUAAUGACACUUUCAAUAUUAAUGGUUGACAGAGAGCUUACAAAGAACAAAGAAAGCCUUCUUAAUAUAUUUGUUUAAUUUCAGUAAUGCAUGUUCAAAUUAAAUUAAAUAAAAAGUUAUUGUUGUAAUUAAUUGUGAGUGUUGUUCUUGAUGCAAUGCAAAUUUCUUUGGCGGAAGAGUAAUAUUUGUACUAAUAUAAUUACAACUUAUUUGUGUUUUAUUUUAUGAAAUCUUGCUAUGCAUGUGAAGUAACCGUUUUAUAAAAGCAAUAAGCCCCGCAAAGCAGAGGUGUUAC